CUUCGGCCUGGCCUGUCUGUUCUCUUCUAGCAGAGGCCCAAACAUAAUUGAUCGGCGAAACCCUAGUGAAGUCCCCGUAUAUAUUGAUUUCGCCGUUCUUCAGACUUCCUAGUUUCGCAUUCGCAGCAGCCGGAAACGGAGAGCUAUCGUUGAGCAGGCAGCCAUGGUGAACGUACCAAAGACAAAGAAGACGUACUGCAAGAGCAAGGAGUGCAAAAAGCACACCUUGCACAAGGUCACCCAGUACAAGAAGGGAAAGGAUAGCUUGGCUGCCCAAGGAAAGCGUCGUUAUGACAGGAAACAAUCAGGGUAUGGAGGUCAGACGAAGCCCGUUUUCCACAAGAAGGUAUUUAGUCCUCUUGUUUUGAACAAUUCAAUCAUAGUGACAGAUUUUAUUAGGUCAUUUUGUCACAUCCCACGAAUGCCAUUUUAUCCGUUAUUAAGUUCCAUUGACACUUAUGCUUAUGCUUUACUUCCACAGGCUAAAACCACGAAGAAGAUUGUGUUGAGGCUGCAAUGCCAGGGUUGCAAGCACGUCUCACAGCACCCGAUCAAGAGGUGCAAACACUUUGAGAUUGGUGGAGACAAGAAGGGGAAAGGAACCUCCCUAUUUUAAGUCGUUUUUGUGCUCUUUGUUACCUCUGUUUCUGUUCUCAGUUACAGCCGAAAGAGGAUAUACUAGUUGGGAUUCUCAGUGUUUUGUUAUUGCAGUUGACAAAUGCAAUGUGAUGGUACCAUGUUGAAUGUUCUUUAAGUUUCCACGCUCUCUUGAAUCCUUGUUCUAGUCCAACUGAGAGCAUACUUAACAAAAAUUGAUUAUCCUUUGA